AUGGCGCUGAACAAAGGGGGGGAGGAGGCUCUGGUAGGGCCGUUCCUUCCCGCCCUCCCCGGGGAAACUUGCCCCUUAAUCGAGACCCUGAUGAUCGAGACCCUGAUGAUCGAGACCCUGAUGAUCGAGACCCUGAUUAUCGAGACCCUGAUGAUCGAGACCAGUCUUGCAUUAGUAGGCCUUCGCUUCCGACAUCCAAAUGCGCCGUAG